GUGCACUCUGUCUUCUCCUCUGCUAAUUUCUGGUUUGAAGAUCAAUCUCAUUGCAAUGGGAAAGCAUAUCUUGCUGCUCCUACUGGGCCUGACUUUGCUGGUGAGCUCCCUGCAAGCUUUGGUGUGCUUUGAGUGUGGCAACCUCAAUUCUAUGGGGAUUUGUAACUUUAGAACAGCUGUAUGUUACGCUCAUCCUGGUGAGGUUUGUGCCUCAGUUUUAACCUAUAAAGAUGGAAAAUUUGUAUAUGGAAACCAGAGCUGUGCUGAGUGCUCCGGGAGGACUGUUGAGCAUGGAAGUCUGAUAGUAUCAACAAACUGUUGCUCAGCCACCUCUUUCUGCAAUAUAGUACGUCCCUGAUACUUAAUUGUAUGGAAGGAUUUUAGUGCUCUUUACUGAGUCUUGACACUGGAGCAUGCCAGAAAGAAUUAUCUACUGACCGUGUCUGGAGAACGCACUAAGAUUUCUACAUCAUGUUUUCUGACUACGUGUACAUCAUAUCAUAUGAUCUUCAGUGAUCUGUAAUAAAUUGAAGGCCUUA